AUGGACGAGAUGGAGAUGCGCAAGCGCAUCUUUGCCAUCAUGACCGACACGACGCUCACGGAGGCCGAAAAGGCCGUGAAGCGUCAGGAGCUCAUGUGCGGCAAGUGGAUGCAGCCAAAGGAGGCCAACAGCCAUGACUCCGGCCCUGGAGAUGCCGACAACAAGCGCAAGGGUAAGGUGGCGGAGACGAAGGAGGAGGAGGCUACGGUCCUGGAUGACGCUCUGAAAUGCGCCAUCUGCUUCAACCUGUGCGAGAGGCCGAUCACGGGACCCUGCCAGCACAACUUCUGCCUGGCCUGCUUCAAGCGCUGGUGUGCGCAGGGCAAGAAGACAUGCCCGACUUGCCGCACAGGAUUCUCCUCAAAGUUUGCGGAGAACCCCCGCAUCAACACCGUGCUUACCAUGGCAAUCCGCCUGGCCAAGCAGGGGGUGCGCAAGGAGUCCACCAAGAACUACGAGCGGAUCAACAACGCGGACAGGCCGGACGAGGCGUUCACCACGGACCGCGCGCAGCGCUCAGGGCGCGCCAACGCGGCAUCCGGGCGGAUCAUGGUGACUGUGCCCAACGACCACUUCGGGCCGAUCCUGCCUGAGCACGACCCCGAGAACGGCAAGGGUGUGGUGGUGGGCGACUGGUGGAAGGACCGACUGGACUGCCGCCAGUGGGGCGCCCACUUCCCGCACGUUGCGGGCAUCGCGGGGCAGUCAAACGUCGGCGCACAGUCGGUGGUGCUGAGCGGCGGCUACGAGGACGACCGCGACGAGGGCGAGUGGUUCCUCUACACCGGCAGCGGCGGCCGCGACCUGAGCGGCAACAAGCGCACCAACAAGGAGCAGUCGUUUGAUCAGGAGUUCACCCUGAUGAACGAGGCGCUGCGCAUCAGCUGCAUCAAGGGCUACCCCGUGCGGGUCGUGCGCAGCUUCAAGGAGAAGCGCUCCAACUACGCGCCGCCCACGGAGACGCCGGUGCGCUACGACGGGAUCUACCGCAUCCUGCGCUGCUGGCGCAAGAAGGGCAACCAGAACUACCUCAUGUGCAGGUACCUUUUUGUGCGCUGCGACAACAGCCCGGCGCCUUGGAGCGUCGAGGACGCGGGCGACGCGCUGCGCAUGGAGGUGCCCGCGGUGGCGCAAGAGGAGAUCGACAACGCCGUGGGCAAGGUGCACACGAUGGGCGACAGCCCCUCAUGGAACUACGAUCCGGUGACAUCAGAGUGGGCAUGGGCCAAGCCGCCGCCGCCGAGCCAGAAGAGCGGGGAGAGGGGCGACGCGGUCAAGAAGCUGCGCAAGAAGGUGUCGGAGCACGAGCGGCUGCUCAAGGACUUUGGCUGCGGCCUCUGCAAGAAGGUGCUCCACGAGCCGCUGUCCAUGCCCUGCGGCCACAACUUCUGCAAGGGCUGCCUCGACGCCCGCUUUGCCGGCACGGCCACCAGCGUGGUCGGCGGCUCGGGCUUCAAGACGCUCCGCGCGCGCAAGGUGCCCAAGCCGUGCCCCACCUGCAAGAUGGAAGUCGGGGACUUCCUCAGCGGCGCCGCCGUCAACAGGGAAAUGCAGCAGGUCAUCGAGAAGCUGAAGCAGGCGGCCGACGAGGCCCGCGCCGCCGCCGAGGAGAUGGCCAGCUCCAAGAAAGCGGAGGACGGCGGCGACGACGAGGCGGCCGCGGAGGACGAGGCGGGGGACGCGGGCGAGGACGGGCAGGAGGAGGAGGAGGGGCCCGACGGCGUGCCGGAGGAGGGGGAGGGCAGCGCGGGCCCGAGCACGUCCGCGCCGCCGGCCAAGCGGCAGCGCAAGGCGGCGCCGGCGGCGAAGAAGGGCGCGGGCGAGGCCGCGCCCGCGCCCGCGGCGGCCGAGGCCGAGGCCGAGGCCGAGCAGCCGUCCACCGCCAAGGCGGAGGCGCCACAGCAGCAGCCCGCCGCGCCCGCGCCCGAGCCGGCGCCCGCCGCGGCGCCCGCGGCGCCGUCCGAGCCCGUGCAGCGGUACGCGGUCGAGCUGGCGGCGCUGCAGGAGAGCUUCCCUGACUUUGACGCGGGCCUGAUCGUGGCGAUGCUGGAGGACCAGGGCGGCGACCAGGUGGAGGUCGCUGCUUACUUGAAGCGCAUGAAGAACCAGGCUUCGCACGGCAGCCGCCGCCCCAAGGCCUCCCCCGCAAAGGGCGGCGCCGCCAAGAAGGCGGCGGCCGGCAAGCGCGGCCGCGGCGGCGGAAAGAAGAAGGCAGCCGCCGCCGCGGAGCCUGAGAGCGAGGAGGAGCGGGGCGCGGAGGAGGAGCAGCAGCAGGGGGGCAAGGAGGCGCAGCAGCAGGAGCCCGAGCCGGCGGCGGCUGAGGGCGAGGACGGGGGUGAGGAGGAGGUGGCGACAAAGGAUGACGAGGACGAUUUUGAGCCGCCCAAGAAGAAGCGCGCGACCAAGGCAGCUAAGAGCAAGGCGAACGAUGCUCUGCUGGCGUGUGUGUAUGUGGUGCCCGGUGUGAACGUCCUGGAACUGGAGCUUGAGCAGCACAACGUAGGUGACACUGCCCAUGCGCCGGAGGCUAACAAUGAGGAGCAGGAGGAGGAGGAGGGCGUCGGCGCUGCGGCGUCCGACGCUGUGGCCAACCUGAGUGGCACAGGCGACGCCCCGUCGGGCGGGCAGCAAGUGGUGGCCAAGCUCCUCAUAUCCAACGCGGCGGCCGGCUCCGUCAUUGGCAAGGCGGGGCAGACGAUUGAGCAGAUACAGAAAAACUCGGGGGCGCGCGUGCAGCUUUCCAGGGCUGGCGAGUUUUACCCGAGCACCUCCGAGCGCGUGCUGCUGCUGUCCGGGCCGCUGCACUCUGUCCUCACGGCCAUAUUCCUCAUGCUGGAGAAGCUGCCGCGGGAGCCGACCAGCCCAGUAUCGCGCAGCGGCGGCAGCAGCGGCCGGGGGCGGGAGGACCAGGUCAAGAUGGCGGUUUCGCGGAAGCUGUGCGGUGCGGUGAUUGGCCAGAAGGGUCAGACCAUCCGCGACUUUAUGCAGGACAGCGGCGCGACCAUCCGGGUGCAGCCCCUGAGCGAGCUCACCCCCAGCGACAGCGAGCGCAUCAUCUCCGUGCUGGGCAGCCGCGACCGCGUGCUGCGCGCCGUCGCGCUCAUCCUCAACACGCUGUCGGCGGACGACAAGUUCAACGCCUACAUGGACCUGACGCUGCAGCUGGCCUCGACACAGGGCCUCAUCCCGGCGGUGCGCGCGAGCACCGGCAAGAGCACGCUGUCCAACGCGCGCGCUGUGCUGACCAUGGCGCUGCUGGACGAGGAUGUGGGCGCCAUCCUGGGCAAGAAGGGGCAGACGCUGACUCAGAUCCAGCAGAACGCCAAGGUGGCCAUCAAGAUUUCAGACCGCUCGAAAAUGGACCCCCACACCCACGAGCGCGAGGUCACCCUCAGCGGCAGCUAUGCCGGCAUCCAGCUGGCGUGCGCGAUGAUCAGCGAGAAGCUCUCGGCGAACAAGCCGCGCCUGAGCGGCACCAACGGCGACGGCGACGACGACGUGCUGCUUGACGAGCACGGCAUGUUCUUGUGA